CGGUUCCCUGAGUAGGACUGCCCUUUUGCAUUCGUCACCGUGUUAUGAUGUCUGGCCAACGAUCGUACGCAACCACCAUAGUCAGCACUGUGAAUCUAACGGUUCCAUAAAUCGUAUUCCGCGCAAUUCAUUCAUCCAGCGCAUUCACGAAGUUCUGAGAAAUUAGCGAUCUGUUACGUAAACGUGUAACUUCUAAACGAGCGUAAUGAUUAUAUAGCGAUCGGUAAGUGCUGUCGAGUAUUACCAAUUAGAGUUCAACGAACCGGAAUAGUGAUAACUUCCGCCAAUCGCUAGAAGCUGUACUAGCAGCUUCCUGGGGGGGGUGCAACUGUUACCAUGGAUCCCAGUGUACUCGCCGCCAUGGAUAAGGACGCACUGAAGAAGCAGAUUGAGAACAUGAAGUAUCAAGCUACUAUGGAACGGUGGCCUCUCUCCAAGAGUAUCGCGGCGAUGCGAGAGUACGUCGAGGAGAAUGAGAAGAACGACCCGCUGAUUCACGCGCCCGAUAAGAAGAACAAUCCAUGGGCUGAGAAAGGAAAAUGCAAUAUCAUGUAAAGGCUUUCGCCACCCACCAUGAUGCCGAUCUAUCAGGGCACCAAGAAACAAACGAACAGACACUCUCGAGUCGGAGGUGGCAAAGUCACAUAUGGCCACAUAUGACACAUCAGAGAUACAUAAUACACAUAUACACAGACACAAAUGUUACAUGAUAUCCGGUCGGAUCAAUCGAUUGAUUUUAAAAAAAGAAAUCAAGCGCCGAUGAGCCUCCAGUCGAUCGGCACCAGAUGCCCAAAGAAUCGAAUGUUAAUACUUUGUACGAUCGAUCGACUGAUCCUACUUUAGAUCAGAGAUCUAUUGUUAUUUCUUGAUCGUGGAUCCCCUCGAGCAUACACCCCGUGAGGCUUCCACCUGAAUCUAUUAUCGUUUAUAUUUGUCACUCGAUCACUCGCUCAAUCACUCGAUCAAACACUCCACUACACGAUCACUCAUUUUUUGUAGCUCGUUAAUUAAUAGUUACGCUAUAUCUAUUAAUACUGUUCCAUCAUAGGAAGUAACCUUUCAUAUUAUAUUUAUCAUGACCACUUUCUUUAUCCUGGCUGUGUAUCCCGUACAUUUUCAUCCUCAUUACGAUUAUUGUACUCGCGCGAUUUCUUACGAAAAUAUAUAAUUAUCCUAUUGAAGAA